UCAUUUUUUUCCCUCGAUUUGGUGAUCCGCCUCUCGCCUCGAUCUCUCUCUCCAAAGAUCAGAGAGAGAGAGAGAGAGAGAGAGAGAGAGAGAGAGAGAGGAAGAGAUGCGUUGAAAAUGCUCGAAGCUGUUUUUCGAUUUUAUCCUCUGGGGGUACAGUGAAUAUUCAGGGAUGUGCUGAGCAGAAGAGUUCCGAUUCUCGAGUUCGAUUUUUUGUCGGUAGGGUUUUUGAAUUUCGAUUGCUCGGAGGACUUGUCUUCGGAUAUGAGUGGGUGUUACCCGUGCUUCGGAUCUUCGGCGAAGGACGGUGCUGCCCAAGAAACAGUGAGGAAGGACGCUUCAGCUAAAGACGGCUCAGUUGCUCAGUCCCACCAUGCCAGCUCAGACAAAUCAAAAUGUAACGGAGGUUCCGAACACAAGAAGAAGGAGGUGACCGUUCCAAAAGACGGAUCGACAGCACAUAUCGCUGCGCAGACGUUUACCUUCCGAGAGUUGGCAGCUGCCACUAAGUGCUUUAGACCGGAAUGCCUUCUGGGUGAAGGGGGAUUUGGACGUGUUUACAAGGGUCGUCUCGAGAGUACAGGACAGACAGUUGCGGUUAAACAGCUUGACCGGAAUGGCCUACAAGGGAACAGAGAGUUUCUUGUAGAGGUUCUAAUGCUGAGCCUCUUGCACCAUCCUAAUCUUGUGAAUUUGAUCGGUUAUUGCGCUGAUGGCGAUCAACGUCUUCUUGUUUAUGAGUACAUGCCUCUUGGAUCAUUGGAGGAUCAUCUUCAUGAUCUUCCGCCGGAUACAGAACCUCUCGACUGGAAUACGAGGAUGAAAAUAGCUGCAGGGGCGGCAAAGGGGCUGGAGUACCUGCACGACAAAGCUAACCCUCCAGUGAUCUACCGGGAUUUCAAGUCAUCGAACAUACUUCUCGGGGAAGGCUAUCACCCGAAGUUAUCUGAUUUCGGGCUGGCGAAACUGGGGCCAGUCGGUGAUAAAACGCACGUCUCGACCCGUGUGAUGGGCACUUACGGUUAUUGUGCACCGGAAUAUGCCAUGACCGGCCAACUCACCUUGAAGUCCGAUGUCUAUAGCUUCGGAGUUGUGUUUCUCGAGCUCAUCACGGGCCGCAAGGCCAUUGAUAAUACCCGAGCGCCGGGAGAGCACAACCUUGUUGCAUGGGCGAGGCCGCUAUUCAAGGACCGGAAGAAGUUCCCGAAGAUGGCGGACCCGUUGCUGCAAGGGAGAUACCCAAUGCGAGGUCUAUAUCAGGCACUUGCAGUAGCGGCAAUGUGUCUGCAGGAACAAGCAUCCACGAGGCCGCUCAUAGGCGACGUGGUCACGGCUCUGACGUACUUAGCAACCCAAACAUACGACCCGAACGCAUACAGCAGAGGUGGGGGCCCGCCUUUGAUAAGGACGCGGUAUGAGUAUGGGGGCAGCGGCCUGGACAGCCCGGGAACAGAUACCCGUAGCCGUCUCAGCUCACCAUCCACACACAGAAACUCACCGAACUUCAGGAGACGGGACUAA